AGUUUGUGUGGGGAGUAUGACAGCCACGCUUCCACAACAACUGUGUACACACCAAUUACCUCACACCAAAAUUUCUUUGUGAAACCAGCACUGGCCACUCUCUUAUCUCCUCAUCCCUUCCUUCUUUCUCAUUCCAACAACAAUAAGCAAAUCUUUAGCAGAUGGCACUGCGUGCACCAACCAUCACCAAGUCCACCCUACUAGUCCCCACCGCCGGCAGCAAUGCCGCCCUCCGGCCGCCAGACCGUGUAGCUCUUAUAUCUUCCUUCUCUCCUCCUGUGCAUCUCUUGCUACCUCCCAAGCACACUUCUGCUGCUCCUGCUGCUUCCCCAAAGUUCUCCAUGCGUGUUGCUUCCAAGCAAGCUUACAUCUGCCGUGAUUGCGGGUAUAUUUACAAUGACAGAACUCCUUUUGAGAAAGCACCUGACAGCUACUUCUGCCCUGUAUGUGGUGCUCCAAAGAGAAGAUUUAGAGCAUAUGAGCCCACAGUGGCUAAAAAUGCCAAUGAUACAGCAGUAAGGAAGGCUAGGAAAGAACAGAUAAAGAGAGAUGAAGCUAUUGGCCAAGCAUUGCCCAUUGCCAUUGGUGUUGGAGCUGCUGCACUUGCUGGUUUAUACUUCUACCUGAACAGUUCCUUCUAAGCUGGAUCACAGAAAAAAAAAAUGUAAUUUCCACAAAGAAUUGUUUAUUAGUGUAUCAAAAUUUCAAAUUCAAUGUGCUUUUCAGUUCAUUUUUUAUUUGGGUUUUACCUUA